CGCAAGACCUAAUACCUCAAACUUUUAAAACAUUGUUUGGUAAUGUAUUAUAUAUUGUUUAGGCGAGUGUAUAUAUGGUCGCGGGCACUUUAAGUUCACGCAUGUUUUUCACGUCGCAGUAGUUGACGUCAAGGUUGUAGUGUAGUUUUGGUAACAGUUUAGUUGCAUGCCUACGCAAAGUAGGCUGGUUGUUUACUCUGCUCUUGCUGUUACUUUGGUUUAUCUGCUAAAUUACUAUCGGAGAAAGCGCAAGCUUAAAUUAGUUAGCGAAAGGAGCCUUUCACAGGCUUCUGGAUAUUGUCUGACUUCUCAGUCAACUUGUAUUCACGAGACGUCCGACUAUCUACAAGAUCUUGUUACUGAAGAAGGUAGUUUAAGUCCUAUUAACGCAUCUUCGGAAAGCUUUGUAAAGAUAAUCCCUGUCGACGGGUAUUCAGUGGCCCUGAAGGAAUCAGUUUCGGAAUUACAAAGUGUUUCAUUCUUAGACGCACAACCUCCAGCUGAGAAAGCAUUUUGUUCAGUGACUCCUUCAUACCUGUUACAGAUGGAAGUUAUCCAGUCGGUAACUAGUAGACUGAAGACUAACUCAGGCUCUGAAUCUGAUCGAGCUCUGACCCCUGAUUCAAACGACGGGUUGUGCGGAAUUCCGCUCCCACCAGAUGGCUUCAGUGACCCCUCAAAUGACAUAUAUGAAGCUAAUCCUGAAGAAAUAAAUGGGAAAAUCCUACCAACAGUUCUCAUCCCCAGUGAUAUGUGGGCUGAAGCUGUUGACAGGGACAUUUGGCACGAAACUUUCCUAAUACCGGCGUAUAUGGGUGGUGUGCUUAUUGGCCGACUUGGAAAGAAUGUAAGAGAGUUAAGGAAUUCGUGGCAAGCUGAAUUCAACUUAAACACCUGUCCAGGAAAACAAGACACCCUGGUUCUCAAGCUAUCGUGCCCACUGCGACACAAAAAUGACGUACUACGAUGGGUUGCUCAUCGCUUCAAAAUGCGUCCCUCCAUGACGACAAUUGGAAACCCAAGUCAGUUGAAGCGCCACCUACCUCUAGGGGAACCGGUGCCAGUUCAGAUCCGUAGUCUUUAUGGGUCUAAGGAAUUAUUCUUGACAAUACCGGAUGAAGAGUACAACAACUACUUGGAGAUGCAAACUGAACUUGACAAGGAUUAUACUUCCACUAAUAGCUACCGUAUGCAACUAUGUGAACCAGUGACGUCAGGGACAGUCGCUGUGGUACCGCAUAGUCAUGGAUUUGCAAGGGCUUUAAUUAUUAGUGUAUAUCCAACCUGGCCGAAGACCGCAUUCUACUACUUGCUGGAUCAUGGCAUAUUUGGAGUCGUACAAUUGAACAAAAUAAAGAAAAUCAGGGCGAAAUACAUGCGAGUUCCAUUUCAAGCUAUCCAUGUCAGCUGGGCUCAUGCAUUCCCCGUAUAUUCAGAUAUUCCUGAUUUACAUUUGCUUAGAACAUUCUUCAAUAGUGGUCGUGUUCAUGCAUUCGCGGUACGUAUGGAAACCUGUUGUCGAGCCUCUGUAGCCUUUGGUGAACCGUAUUCGCAGCCAUAUUCAUCUCAUGGAUUUUUGGACAUUCUAGCCAAUGCUUGCAGCAGUGGAUUAUAUAUGGCCGUUCCACUACUUAUUUAUCCUAGAAGGCAAUGUUGGCUAAAUAAUUCAUCAAUACCUUAUUAUCCUUUUACGUACAGUUACAUUGAUUACCAAUCCCUAGUCUCUUUUGCCAUCGAAGAUGAUGAGGCUUAUGCCAGUACUAAUCAGUUACCUUCAUAUCAUCAAGAUAUUAGCGAAAACCAUUCAAGUUCAGUAAAAAACCAAAAGACAGAUCAAAACAGAUUCAAUGACAAUUCCCGUUCUCAUUCAAACGGUCCUCGAUGGGGUCAUAGAAAUAAUACCACAUCGUCAAAAUACAAUAGUCGCCGACAAAACACAUCUGGAUCGAACCAUAUACAAAAGGAUUCUGUCUUAACUGUCUCUCAGAAAGAAAAUCAGUGUAAUUCAGAGGUAAAAGAAAAUACAAAUGCGACUAAACCAACAUCUGAGAGAAAUGACCACUUACAUAAAAACCAACCACGAAAACCGUUGUCAAAUCGUAAUAAUGGUGUGAAUAGUUCGGGUUGCAGUAAAGCAGUUUCAUCUAAUCACGAUAGAGUGACAACAACAAACAGUCCUGAUGAGUGAAGGUGAUUGUGUUGUUAUUAUUCCAAUUCCCUGUCUAGUAAAUCUGUUGUAUUUUCCCGUAAAGCUUUUUGCAAUUUCUUUUUUUUAAUUUCAUCAAUUAUUUUUUGUACAGUUUUUUCAAUAUGUGCCUUAUGUCUUUUAAACAUUUGUUUACCCGACAAUUUUAAGGUUUGUUCAUUUUAUGGUCCUCACGUAUUCACAUUUCUCCCACUGCUAACUAAAUAUUUGCUUACUUGGUUUGGUUAAUAUGAUUUAAUCUACUCAUUUUUUCAUGUCUUUGAGUUCCUAGCAUUUUUCUACUUAUUGGUAUAUUUAUUAACUAUACUUUCUCAUUAUGUGGAUUUUAAUUAUGACAAAGGUGUAUUUUGACAAUACUUUCACAUUUUCAAAUGUGAUGUGCUGAAAAAUACCUUGUUUUAUUCAAUAUUAUUCAUUGAGUACCACAGUUUCAUGUGGGUAUACUAAUAAAAUUUUAUCUCAGAAUUACGUCAUCCGUUGCUCCUCUGGUUUAUUUAAAAUUGAUC